UCAACGUGAACAGCUCUGCCGGUUGGUUCGGUACAAGUUUAGGUCCUUGCGGCGUCUGAGUUUUCCUAUUCUUAUAGAAAGAUACAAGUUGGUUGAAGAAGUGUUCAGAAGUACCAAAAGGACGAUUUGUAGAGGUUUUGGUGAUUUUUUAAGUGAAGAAGUGAUUAGUCCUGGAAGUCGAAUUGAAGGAAUACAUCCAAACAUAUAUCAGUGUAAUAUUACCGGAAAAAGGACUUUCCUUACAAGGAGUAUUGUGACUGACAAAAAGUGAUUUGGCUGUGUUGGAUACCGGCAUAAAAAGCUCAUCUUGGUUCCGGCAUUUUUGCUGAGGAAUAGCAAAAGUGCUACAGAUCUCAAGUGUCGAUAAGUGCAACUAAACCAUACAUUUUCAAGAGGUGAGGCUGUGAAAACGGUAGCAGUAUCCGUGCAGUAUGUCGAAACGUGAGAAAACCGAUUCGUUGGAGCGUCCAGGUGCCGUGAAAGAAGUCAAAAUUGUUCUUGUUGGUCCCGCGAAAUGUGGUAAAACGGCUCUUGUACAGCGUUUUGUUAACGACACAUUCACCGAGGCCUAUGUUCCAACCGGAUUCGAGAAAUACACUACAAAACAAAAAAUCGCGGACACAUCGGUCGACUAUCAAAUCUGGGAUACAUCAGGCGGUGGUGCAUACGACAGUGUCCGUCCUUUGGCCUAUCAAGAUGCCAACGUGUUCAUGUUGUGCUUCAACGUUGGCGAUCAGGAAUCCUUAACGUCUACCAUCAACAAAUGGUGCAUCGAGAUUCGACGUCAUUGUCGCACGACCCCCAUUGUGUUGUGUGGUUGCCGGGCGGAUACACGUAGCGUCUAUAACACAAUGACUUAUUCGGCACAAGCGCGAAUACCGGUUACUUCAGAACAAGCACUUCUAGCAUGCAAUCAUAUAGGAGCGGUAGCAUAUGUGGAGACAUCAAGUCAAUAUUCUAACAUUCUUGUACCGGAGGCAUUCCGUGUGGCGGCCGAAGUAGCGCUGGGUCUUAUAAGUAGUCAGGACAAGGUAGCUCCGUCUUCGAAACCGGCUAGCAAGAAGGUAUGCAAAGAGAAGAAAACGUACAGUGUCUCCAGUCCAACACUGAAUAGAAUAAAUGGCAAGCCUGAUAUAAAAACUGAUGUACAGAAAACAGCGAAAAAUUGCUGUAUUAUGUGAUGGUUUUAACCCUGAAACGGGCGUGUUACUCAUGGACACUUUGAACUCCGCGAGACGAUAGAUAUCAACUUGCUUGGACCAGAAGAUACUUAAGCGUUCGUUCGGGGACACAUUUUCAUUCAGCCUUAAGACAAGAACAACAACAAGAAGUUAGCCAAGCAGAACCAACAGCCUACACUCACUGCCAACAACAACAUCAACUUCAACAAUUUCAAUUUAAUUGCAAGCCCCCAACUGCUGUCCCCGAAAAGAUACAAACUAAGAUACAUGAGUCAAAAAACUUAUUUUAUUACAAAUUUUGAUUUUUCCUAAUUCAUUUGAACUUAAUUCUGUGAUGUUAGGUUUUAAGCACUACCUCCCCUGAAUUCUCGGGAAUUCCCCUGAAUUCCUCCCCCUCCUAUUGUAAAUAUUUUUUUAAGUCACAAACGCAAAAACGCUGUAAUUAUUAUUUUUCUAAAAAUCACAUCAUGAAUGAUAGAAACGAUCUUCCAAAUGCGCUUCGCCCAUUAUUUCAUCAUUAUUUAUCUAAGAUAAAAGUCUAGAAUGUACUUUUAAAAGAAAAUUGCCCAAACAACAAAAAAAAAAAUUGAAAAAAGUAACAAUCAUGGUAGAUGGAUGUAAAAUAAAUACAAAAAAAAAAACAAAAUGUCGAUUAAAAGCUUUAAUUAGUUUGAAAAAUUUAUAAGAAAAGUGAAAAUUUUCAAGAAAAAUCUAUAUUACGUAAUAUUAUCACAUGCAAUCGUUUAGAAAGCAAACCAUACAGAGUUUAUAUAAAUUACGUUGAAACAGAAGAUACAAAUUUAUCUAAUUUCUUUUCGUAAAAGUUAUGAUUGAUGCGGUAAAAAUUUCUUUCCAAUUAGUCUUGCAAUCAAUAAAAAAAAAAUUGAAAAUAUAUUUACAAAAUUAUUUAGCCAUUCGCGGAUGGGUUUGUAGAUUUGAAGAGAAAAAAUGGAAAGAAAUAGACAAAAAUGAAAUAAUGAUGACAAUGAAAAGAGAAACAAUAAUAUUGUAUGUACAUAGAAUUAUAUAUAAAGUCCAUUUUGAAAUUAAUUUAAAAAAAAAAUGAAAAGAAAAAAAUAAAAUAAAAACAUUUGUGUUAUUUGAAA